AUGGUGCAGCAGCGGGGCGCGCGGGCCAAGCGGGACGGCGGGCCGCCGCCCCCGGGGCCCGGGCCGGCCGCCGAGGGGGCGCGCGAGCCAGGCUGGUGCAAGACCCCGAGCGGCCACAUCAAGCGGCCGAUGAACGCGUUCAUGGUGUGGUCUCAGCACGAGCGGCGAAAGAUCAUGGACCAGUGGCCCGACAUGCACAACGCUGAGAUCUCCAAGCGCCUGGGCCGCCGCUGGCAGCUGCUGCAGGACUCGGAGAAGAUUCCGUUCGUGCGGGAGGCGGAGCGGCUGCGCCUCAAGCACAUGGCGGACUACCCGGACUACAAGUACCGGCCUCGCAAGAAGAGCAAGGGGGCGCCCGCCAAGGCGCGGCCCCGCCCCCCCGGAGGCGGCGGUGGUGGCAGUCGGCUGAAACCCGGGCCACAGCUGCCGGGCCGCGGGGGCCGCCGAGCGACGGGAGGACCUCUGGGGGGCGGCGCGGCGGCGCCGGAGGACGACGACGAAGACGAAGAGGAGGAGCUGCUGGAAGUACGCCUGCUGGAGACCCCCGGGCGCGAGCUGUGGAGGAUGGUCCCGGCGGGGCGCGCCGCCCGCGGACCCGCGGAGCGCGCGCAGGGGCCAUCCAGCGAGGGGGCGGCCGCUAGCGCCGCCUCUCCGACCCUGUCGGAGGACGAGGAGCCGGAGGAAGAGGAGGAGGAGGCGGCUACAGCAGAGGAGGGCGAAGAGGAGACGGUGGCAUCGGGGGAGGAGCCGCUGGGCUUUCUGUCCAGGAUGCCCCCGGGCCCCACCGGCCUGGACUGCAGUGCCCUGGACCGCGACCCAGACCUGCUGCCCCCUUCGGGCACGUCACAUUUCGAAUUCCCGGACUACUGCACCCCUGAGGUUACCGAGAUGAUCGCAGGGGACUGGCGCCCGUCUAGUAUCGCCGACCUGGUUUUCACCUACUGAGCCCACCGUCAGCGGGGCGCGCACGCCCCCAAACCAGCUGUUUACAUACAGGAAUCAGGUAUUGGGGCCCCUCGG